CUAUGUGCAAAUCCAAUGUUGAACGAACUGGAAUGAAGCGAAAACAUUCGCCGUACAGGUCGGGUCGUGAAUCUAACUACUUCAAGCGGACGAAGACAGUAAGAAACAUUGAAACCACUGAAGACAACGACACUAGCAGGGAGGACUUGUCAGUCUACAAUAUAGUUGAUGAAGAAGACGAAUUCAUUAAAUGUUGCGUUGGGGGAGUCGAAAUUGAUAUGCUGAUUGAUUCUGGUUCUACUUAUAACUUGAUAGAUGACGCGACCUGGCAGCUUUUGAAAUUCAAUGAUGCCAAAUUCACUGCUGAAAGACACGAUGAUUCGAAGCGAUUUCUAGCGUACGGAAGGGUUCCGCUAAAACUAUUAACAGUAUUUGAUGCGGUCCUUGAAAUAAAAGAUGGUCUUGAAAAAAUUUCGACUGAGACAACAUUCUACGUAAUCGAGGGGGGGCAGCAAUCCUUGCUAGGAAAAAUUACUGCCCGUAAACUGGGACUUUUACAAGUUGGUCUACCAAGCACUUUUGGGAUGAAUAUCAAUCAUGUGAAGAAUACAAAAUCGUUCCCAAAAAUCAAAGGUUUUCAAUUAACCUUACCAAUUGAUCGUACCGUUCCUCCCGUUAUCCAACCUCUUCGCCGUUGCCCGAUCCCCAUUCUUGGUCAUGUAAAAUCAAAGCUAGACGAAUUACUGGAAAUGAUAAUCAUCGAACGUGUUACGAAGCCAACUUCGUGGGUGUCCCCCCUAGUCCCGAUUAUGAAAGACAACGGUGAUAUCAGGCUGUGUGUCGAUAUGAGACGAGCUAACCAAGCCAUUCAGCGAUUGAACCAUCCAUUACCCGUGUUUGAAGAUUUGUUGCCAAAAUUCAGCGGAGCCAAAUAUUUCACGACGUUGGACAUUAAACAAGCAUUCCACCAGGUUGAACUGGCGGAAGAAAGUCGAGACAUCACCACCUUCAUUACGAACUGGGGAUUAUAUCGUUAUACUCGGUUCUUUUGUCUGGUGUAA